AUGGCACAUGAUGGAUUAUCAGCAGUAGCCUUGCUUUACGGUGCAACUCUCUUGCUUCUCUGGUCGCAGCCAGCGUACGGCGAUGUGAGCUAUUCUCUCGCCGAGGAGAUGAAACGCGGAACUGUGAUCGGAAACAUAGCAAAGGACCUAGGAUUGGAAGUCUCUAGACUAUCCUCUCGCAAGGCCCGGCUGGAUGCGGAGGGAAACCGCGGACGGUAUUGUGAGGUGAAUCUCAACACUGGGGAGCUGCUGGUCGCCGACCGCAUUGACAGGGAGGUGCUGUGCGGGGAGAAAAUAUCGUGCGUCUUGAAAUCUGAAUUGAUCCUCGAGAAUCCACUGGAGCUCCACCGCGUAGCGAUCCAAGUUCAAGACGUCAACGACAAUGCGCCCCUUUUUCCAAAGGACACAAUCAAAUUGGAAAUAAUGGAGUCGGCCUCUAAAGGCUCUCGCUACAGGGUGAACGCUGCGCACGACGCCGACAUCGGACAAAACGCGGUGCAGAAGUAUGUUUUACAACCCAACGACAUCUUUGUUUUGAAUGUGCUGGUGAAUUCUGUCGGUAGUAAAUACAGCGAGUUGGUGUUGAACAGGGAUUUGGAUCGGGAGGAGCAGCGUGAGAUAACGUUAGUGGUCACGGCGCUGGAUGGCGGCUCUCCGCAAAGAUCUGGCACUGCAGUGAUACAGGUCACCGUGCUGGAUGCUAAUGAUAACGCCCCGGUGUUUAGCCAGGCCGUGUAUGAAGCCAGUCUGCCCGAGAACUCCCCCCUGGGUACCACCGUGGUUAAAGUCAGCGCUACUGAUGCAGACGAGGGGGUGAAUGGAGAGGUGACGUACGAAUUUAGCGGUUUAACUGACAUGGCGAAAAAUAUGUUUUCUUUAAACAAACAAACUGGAGAAAUAUUAGUUCACGGAAGUAUUGAUUAUGAGGAAGAAUCGAAAUUUGAAAUACUGAUCGAAGGAAAGGACACGUAUGGGCUUUCCUCAGAAACAAAAGUGGUAAUAGAUAUCACUGAUGUGAAUGAUAAUACACCAGUGAUUAAUCUUAAAUCGCUGGCUAACUCAUUACCAGAGAAUGCACCGCCGGGUACAGAGGUGGGCAUCAUUAAUGUGCAGGAUAGAGACUCCGAGAAUAACCAACAGGUCCGCUGCUCCAUUCGGCAGAACGUCCCUUUUAAAUUGGUUCCCUCCAUCAAAAACUAUUAUUCUCUGGUGACGACGAGCCCACUAGACCGUGAACUAGUGUCUGAUUACAACAUCACAAUCACUGCUACUGAUGAGGGCUCUCCUCCUCUUUCCUCCUCUAAAAGUGUUCACUUAUCUGUAGCUGACGUCAACGACAACCCACCUGUGUUUGAGGAGCAGUCCUACAACGCCUACGUGACUGAAAACAACAAACCUGGAUCUACUUUAUGUUCCGUUAGUGCCCUAGACCCAGACUGGAGACAAAACGGUACAGUGAUUUAUUCUCUUUUACCUGGGGAGGUGAACGGUGCCCCGGUGUCCUCCUAUCUCUCCGUUAACGGAGACACGGGGCUGAUCCACGCUGUCAGGUCGUUGGAUUAUGAACAGUUCAGGAGCUUUAAAGUUCACGUGAUGGCGCGAGACAACGGUUCUCCUCCACUCAGCAGCAACGUGACCGUCAGUGUCUUCAUAACGGAUGUGAAUGACAACUCUCCUCAGAUACUUUACCCCGCCCCGGAGGGACACUCCUUCAUGACUGAACUCGUCCCCAAAGCAGCUCACGGGGGCUCUCUGGUGUCCAAGGUGAUAGCGGUGGAUGCAGACUCCGGACAGAACGCCUGGCUGUCCUAUCAUAUAGUCAAAUCCACUGAUCCGGGACUUUUCACUAUUGGUCUCCACAGUGGAGAGAUCAGGACACAGCGGGACAUUUCUGAAUCUGACAACAUGAAACAGAAUCUUAUUGUGGCAGUGAAAGAUAACGGACAGCCCUCUCUGUCUGCCACCUGUUCCAUGUAUUUACUGAUUUCUGAUAACUUGGCUGAAGUGCCAGAACUGAAAGACAUGUCUUAUGAUGAGACUAACUCCAAACUGACCUCUUAUCUGAUCAUCGCGCUGGUGUCAGUCUCCACCUUUUUCCUGACCUUCAUUAUUGUCAUCCUGGGUGUGAGGUUUUGUCGCAGGAGAAAACCCAGACUGUUGUUUGAUGGAGCGGUGGCCAUCCCCAGUGCUUAUCUGCCUCCUAAUUACGCAGAAGUUGACGGAACAGGAACUUUACGCAGCACUUACAAUUAUGACGCUUAUCUGACAACGGGAUCUAGAACCAGUGACUUCAAGUUUGUCAGCUCUUAUAAUGACAACACACUGCCUGCAGACCAGACUAUGAGGAAAACGCCAUCUGAUCUUGUCGAGGUAUUUGGGAAGUUCGACGACUCACCUGAGAGUGGUUGUUAUUGGGGUGAGUUAUCUGUGCGCUCUCCCUCCAGCCUCUCGGUGCAUGGAGAGCUGUGUCCUCUCCUUCUCUGCUCCAUGCUGGACUGCUACAGUUCGUAA